AACACCCGAAAUAAACAGACAAAUAGGGUGGAAACAAGGGGGGCUGUGGAUGCAGAUAACAGCACGAAGCAAUACCCAUCAGCAAGAUUUACAGUCCAGUCGCCGUUGGUUGUGUUGGUGGUGGAUUAAUAACCAGUCAUAAAGAGGUGGGAGGGAGAUUGUGUGUUGCAGGAGGACGAGAGUGAAGGCAUUGAUAGAGGAAAGAAGAGAGGGGGAGUGUGUAAAAGAGAGAGAGGGGAGUAGAUAAAGCCGGAGCCAGGAUCAUGAGCUCUGCACUACCCUACGACUCGUUGUCAGCCCGGCCGAGUCCUAGACGAGCUUUGGACAGGGAGCGCGAGCAGCUAGCUGUGCGAAGACUGUCCUCUCCACGGGCUCUCGACCUGCUAACUCCUCCUCCUCUUCCUCGUCGACUCUCUGCCAUCCCUGGUUACCUGCUAUCACCAUACCAAGAGCAAGAGGAGCAGCUCCACCAGCAGCACCAGCGACUAUCCUUGUCUGUGUGCUCAGAGGCCUCCCUGGCGCCCCCUGCACCUCCACCUGUGGGUGCUGCCCCACCCUGCUGCCGCCCAGUGGGAGUCAUGCACCUCCUGCGCCUGGGUCUCCUGGCUUUCAGCUGCCUCUUCUGGGCAGCCGGUUUGGCCCUCUUCACCCUGGGUGCAGCCGUCACCGCCUGGGGCUUCUUAGGUUGUCUGGGGGUGGCUGCAAACCUGCCAUGUGUGCUAAGAGCUUAUGGGUUCUUUCAACUUGCUGCACUUAUAGCUGGUUUGGCAGCUGGACUUUCAGGCCUCUUCUACCGUGAAGAUAUUGCUGGAGGAUUUCGCAGUGGCUUACAGCGAGCGGUGGCCGGCUACACAGAAGAUGAAGGCCGUGCCGACGCUCUAGACAGCCUGCAGAGGGCCCUGGAGUGUUGUGGAGCUGAGGGCUGGCGAGACUGGCUCACUUCAGAUUGGGCUAUCCAACAUAUGACCUUCCUUCCUACUGAGAACGGUACCUCUGUGUCCCUGCCGGACAGCUGCUGUGUGAGGCGCAAGGGUUGCAAGAAUCGACCUCUUCUGUCAGAGGAUAGCGAAGGAGUAGUUGCUGCAGGGAUCCAUCCACACGGCUGCUUCCGCAAAGUGUUCAGCUUGGUCAACGACAACGUCUUCCACAUUGCUGCCACUGUGUUGGGAUUAGCCUUUACCCAGAUCGGAGGCAUUGCCCUGGCUUGUCUGCUGGCCAACAAACUAGCACCGAGACAACAUCGCCGUGUAGUGGCACAUUAAUGGUCAAUUAUAAACCAAGGAUUGACCAAUUUGUAGAUGGUUAGGAUUAGUAAUGAACAAUGCCCUCAAAGAGUAAUAGAGUUGCGAAGUUGGGGGAGUUUUUGGGGCAUCCAGGGUUCUGCAAGUUGAGGUCUGACAGUGUUUACUGACUGUCAGUCAGUUGUCAGUUGGUGCACUCCCAAGGCUUGGAUGGUGCAUGAAACUCUCAGUUAAAUUAUCAACCCAACAACCACUUUAGAAAUGAUCUGGUAUCUCAUAGGUGAAAGUCCAUGUAAAUACAAAAUUGAUGAUGGUGGUCAACUGCAACAUUUUGGUAAGAAACAUCAAAUUACUGAGCUUUAAAUUCUGUUGCGUGCAUCAAUAUUGGAGAGCUGAAGCUUUGUAGAAACUUGAUAAUACAUUUAAGAUCUUAAAUCAUGAUGAUAUCAAACUGAUAGAAAAAACAAUGAUAGAAAAACAAUGUCUCAGAAACUAAGUUUACGUGAUUAAAACUGAUGGUCAUAGCAUGAACAAAUGUUAUUGUUAAAUUAUCCACAAGAUUCCUUUGUUUCUACAUAGAGGAACCUUAAGGAUAUCAUUAAAAGAAAAUGGGAAUUUAGUAGUGAAACACCUCAGAAACCAGAAACUCCUCACACGUUGCAACUCUUUGACACUCAUUGUUUGCCUGACUCUCUUUUCUGUGCAAUUUAAAAAAUAUAUACUUAUUUGAUUCAGUGUUAGGGUAGAAGUAAAUCUUCUGCCCAUUUGAUGCAGUAAUACCUCCAAACAAGAGACAGUCUGUGAUCACAUAUAAGUGGGGCCAGAUUGGGUAGUUGGUAGUACGGAAUGACGCUUUUCUGCCUUUUUUGCUGGAUGAUUUCGUUUCAGAAAUGUUUAAACAAUGGCAUGACUUGAUAUACUUCACUAUGUAGAAUGUAAUUACAUAUCAGAAACGAUUAUUUAGAGUUGAUCUGCUUUCAUAUUGGAUUUUUCCGCAAGUUACCUCACGUAGUAGAUUUCACCACUGAAUGCACAGGAAUGUUCACCAGCAGUUUUCCACUUGAGAUGAUUUAGUCUGGCUGUGUUCAGCAGAUGUUCAUAUAUACAUCUUUUAGUUUUUCCAUCACAAAGACUACACUGUGUUAGAAUGGUGCUUUAGGAAAUAGCUUAAUACUGUCUGUGAUAUUUUGUGCCACUUAUACUGGACACCUGACAAGCUGUUAUAAUGUUUACUGUGCUUGGGGGAGAGAUUUGGUGACAUUAUAUGAACGCUUUAGUUUCAGUUUCUUUCAGAUGUCACUGUGUCGCUAGAGUUUGUAUGUUCUGAAGCACAAGUUUAUCUUACAAUGUUGAAUUUUGUUAUCAACACUUCUUCUGAAAUGCUUGGUUGCAUUGGCAUGACCCAGAUGUUGUGCAGCCCUCUACCAGCAUGAAACAGUCGGUAGAACUCUGGACCAGAUUUGCAAUUUUUUUCAAACUAUCAUCAACUUAAAACAAUAUUUUGAGAGUAUGUUUGUUCAAUUUUCUAUUGAGAGUUAAAUGAAAAGAUUAUUUUCAUGUCUGUAUGCUAAAUAAAAGGAGAACCAGCUAGCUUAGCUUAGCCAGAGAUACAGCUAGGCUGGCUAGUUGAUACUAGCUUCAGAUCUUGCCUUUUUUAAAUUCAUUUAAAGGUGUUAGUUGGUUGAAUUUUGGACAGAGCCUUGCUAGCUGUUCCCCUCUGUUUUCAGAGUGUAUGCUACGCAAAGCUAACAAUCUACUGGCUGUAGCUUCACAUUUAGCAUACAAACAAGAGAGUGGUAUCAAUCUUUUCAUCUACCUCUUGUCAAAAAGGCAAUUAAGUAUAUAUCCCAAAAUGUUAAACUAUUCCUUUGAUUUGUUCUUCUCUGAACUGGUUAUAAUGUGUGUUUUAAGAUUAGCUACAAUAUGCAGUAGUCUCCUUUCUCCCUUCCUUAUCAUCUCACCUUUCCUUUUCAGGAUAGGCCUUUUUAUUGCUCUUGUAACAAUGUAUCCCACAUUCAAUAAUGUAUAAUCCAUUCUAAUAAUUACCAACAGUGCAAACAAGCAUGACUGAAACAGUAAACUAUAAAAAUAAACAAAAAUCUUUGCCUGAUUACAGGAUAUGAUAUUGAUUCAACACUGGGAAUGGCAAUGUCAAGGUCUGCUGCCCUUGAAUAUAUUAAAUAUAUUAUGGCAACAGCACUCUUGUAAUGUAAUGGUGAUGCAAUGUUAUAGGUACAAUACAAAACAAAACAAUAUGCAGCACAGCAAAGU